CUGAAGCAGGCGCGACCCACAAGGUGCGUCGCUGUGCGCACUCGCCUGCAAUUGCACUCUUCGCACAGAUCACCGUCACCACCAUCAAUUAGACCCCUCGUUCCGCGCACAUCCCUCCUCGAAUCAACAUCCUUACAAACCCAACCGCGCCCACAAUUCACUUCCACAUAAGUGCUCAAGCCAACCUCUACCACAUGGAGGCGCCGUUGAUCCCAACCGCCGUCUCUUGUCCGGCAAAGGUACUAGUUGCCGGAGGCUACCUCGUGCUCGACCGCAACUACACAGGCCUGGUCUUUGGCCUGGAUGCAAGAAUCCAUUGUGUUGUCGAGCCGAUAAAAUCAACUUCUGGAGUUUCAAUCAGUGAGAUUGUCGUGAAGAGCCCGCAGUUCCGUGAUGCCAUCUGGGAGUAUGGGUACAGGGCGAAGGAGGCUGAUGGCGGUAUGAGCGUGCAUACAUUGAGCGUCGGCCACAACCAAGUCCUCUCCCGCAAUCCAUUCAUUGAAACCGCCCUCACCUAUGCCCUAACCUACAUCUGGAGCCUCACCCCCGACCGCAUAAUUUCCCCAGCGUCCAUCCGCAUCCUCGCAGACCAAGCCUACUACUCCAACCCGGGCACCCCCCUCUCCUCCUCGCGUUUCCUCGACUUCGGCGUCUCCCUCAAAGAAUCUCACAAGACCGGCCUCGGCUCCUCAGCCGCCCUCGUCACCAGCUUCACAGCGGCAGUCCUGUCUUUUUACCUGUCCAAAGACCUCUUCGAUAUCGAGUCCGAGCGCGGCCUAACGAUCCUGCACAACCUAGCACAAGCGAGUCAUUCCCAUGCCCAAGGCAAAGUAGGUUCGGGCUUCGACAUCGCCAGCGCCGUCUUCGGCUCAUGUUUAUACAAGCGCUUCAGUCCCUCUCUCCUCUCGUCGCUCCCUGCCCCUGGCCAGCCCGGCUUCGGCACGCAGCUCCGCGCCCUAGUCGAAGGAGCCUGGGACACUGAGAUUGCCAAAGCGGCGAUCAAGAUGCCUCUGGGUCUGAGAUUGGUCAUGUGCGACGUGGACUGCGGCUCUGAAACACCGGGCAUGGUGAAGCAGGUGCUCAAGUGGCGGGAGGAGAAUGCCACGGAGGCGGAGGGCAUUUGGCAGCGUCUGCAGGGCGGGAAUGAGGCGCUGGCUGCUGAGCUUACGACACUUGCGGAGGAGAAGCAGGAGGAUGAUGAUAAGGGACGGUUUGCGAAGUUGGGCGUUAUUAUUGAGGAGAACAGGGUGGCCAUCAGAGAUAUGGGCGAGAAGUCUGGCGUGCCGAUUGAACCACCACAGCAGACUGCGCUGUUGGACUACUGCACCAAGCUUGAUGGAGUCGUUGGUGGAGUUGUGCCGGGAGCGGGCGGGUUCGAUGCUAUUGUCUUGCUUGUCGAGAACAAGGAGGAUGUGUUGGCGAUUUUGAAGCAGAGGUUGAGCGAGUACAAGGCUGACGAUGUUGCGGCCGAGGGUCCGAAGAUUGGGAGAGUUGGUACUGUGGAUGUCAGAGAGGAGAUGGUCGGUGUGAAGAGAGAAGAGUUGAGCUUGUACAAGGAGUGGACUACCUAAAGGAUAUGGUAAGAAUCAUGUAAAGGUUGGCAAACGUAUAAAAUAGCGUUGUUUGUUUUUCAACGGAGGGUUGUUAUGUAGAUACAUGAGAACAAACACCACAGCUCGGUGUCCUUGAUGU